AUGCAUCAACCAGUCAUGAUCAAAGAUUGUCAGCACUCGUUUUGUAGUCAAUGUAUUAUAUCAAUUAUUAAAGGUAAGCUAGAAAAUGAAGCAAGAUGUCCUGUUUGUUUAACCUGCAUUAUGAUUAAUAGCCUUUGUAGUUCUGUUCAUGUAUUGGAGAUGAUUGAACAUUUGUAUAUUGCAUGCAAGAUUUGCGAAAAAAACUUUAUUAAAGACAAGUAUGAAAAUCAUGAGUGCAAAAAAGAUCAUUUAUUAAAUAAUUCCAGCACAAUAGUUGAUGAUUUAUUUAAAGUUGAUAAGUCAAGUCAUAUUCCACGUAAUAUUGAAGAUGCAGUGUUGCAUGUAAUUAAACAAAAAAUGGAGAAUUCAAAAACAACUACAAUUGAAUUUUUAUCUGGUGGCCCAAGAGUAAGACCCCUUUGCUUAACUGUUAUGCCCAAAGCCUACAAGGAAAGUGCAUCUUGCAGUGGUCAUACCUUGAGAAAAAGACACAAACACCUAGUGGACCAAGCUAAUCAUCAAGUUGGAAAUUCAAAAGAUUCACUAGUAGUGCAAACAUCAGUUAUGCUUAAAUCAUUUGAUCACAAUCAAAAAAAUAAAGUUUUAGAAAGUGCUAAGAUUGGAGUUGUUGAGUUUUCUGCUGAAGAAUUGGUUGCUUUUAAAGCAAAUGUAGGGGUACCGUGGAAUAAAUUAAAAACUAUGACUAGAUGGUUAAACUCAAGAAAUAUUAAGACUGCUUCAAACUUUAAACAAAGAGUAGUUGCAAAUACCUGGGCAGGAAAUGAUCUUGUUGUAUUAAAUGGAGAUUUUACAUUUCAAAAUGAAAAUAAUAAGUCAGUUUUUGAAAUCAAACAUGCUCCCUGGGCAUACAUAGACAAUCUACCCACUAAUAUUAAAAACCUGUUAGAUAUUCUUGAAAGUUUUAAGUUAAUAAAACAUGAUGGAAUAAAAAAUGAUGAAAUACACAUAAAAAUUGGAGGAGACCAUGGAGGUGGUUCAUUUAAAAUGAGUUACCAAAUUGUAAACCAAGACCAACCAAACUCAAAAUCAAAUAGUAUUGUAUUCAGUACAUUUGAAGCAAGAGACUACCGAACUAAUCUUAAAGUAGGGUUAUCUCGAUAUACAUUACAAGUUGAUGAGAUACAAAAAAUGAUAUGGCAAAAUCAUUAUGUUCGUGUUUUUAUAUUUGGAGAUUAUGAUUUCCUUUGCAGUGUAUAUGGAAUCACAGGAGCGAGUGGUCGACAUUGCUGUCUUUUUUGUGAUAUAACCAAAGAAAGUAUCCAGUUGGCUCCAAUUAGUAGAGAGAAUGGUGUUUCACAACGAUCUCUAAAAUCUUUAAACAUUGAUUUUAAUCGAUUCCAAAGUAGUGGAGGAAAUUUGAAAAAGGCUAAGUUUUUCAAUAAUGUGAUUAGUGAAACUUUGUUUCACAUUCCUCUAGACCAGGUAGCAGUACCUGCUUUACAUAUAUCUUUAGGAACCUAUUUGAAGUUUUUUAACAUGUUUGAAGAUGAAUGUCACUUGUUAGAUAUCAAACUUGCUGGAGAGCUUGCACUAAAAAAUAAUACAAUUGGUAAAGAUGAUUUUGACAAAUACAUUAAUAUGCAUAUUCAAUCAAAUCUUAUAAAAAGUGUUAUUGAGGACUGUGAUAAUAAAAUUACACUUUUACAAGACACAAUUUCAUUAAAAGUUUUAUGUGAACCAGACAGAACAGAAGAAAUAAGGAAAGUAUAUGCACCAAGAAUACUUUACUAUGAUUUAAAAAAAACUGAUAAGAUGAAAGAACUAAAUUCAUUAAAUGAAGCAAACAUUCUUGAUAAAAUUUCAGGUCCCUGCAUUCAGCAACUUGAUGAAAUUUUAAAGGCUAAUCAGGUACAAAGACAGGCUUAUCAUGGGAAAUGCUUUGUUGGAAACCAUGUUCACACAAUGCUUAAGCCUCAACCUUUGCUAGAUUUGUGCAACUCUAUUCCAAAACUGAUUUCAAAUCUUGGUUUUAUUGAUACAGACGUUCAUUUACUCUCAGUUAAUGUGAGCCAAAAAUUUAAACAGUUGUUUCAAUAUUAUUCCAAAUGUCAUAACUUGAUGAACAGCUCACAAUCAUUUCAAGAAAAUGAUGUUCAGGAACUUGAAUCAGCAAUCUGUAAUCUUAUGGAAUUUUAUAGAUCAACUUGGCCAAAUGCAUCUGUAACUCCAAAGAUGCAUUUGCUUGAAACACAUGUUCUUCAAUUUAUUCAAAAAUGGGGAUUAGGCAUUGGAGUUUAUGGAGAACAAGGCGGAGAAAGUUUGCAUGCUGAAUUUAACAAUCUUAAUCGUUUGUUUUGUCAUAUGAAAGGUUGUAGCCGCUUGAAAAGCAUGGUGAAAGAACAUUAUGUAAGAAACCAUCCAAAAGCUAAAGCAAUGAAGCCAGAAAUUAAAAAGAAAAUUUUUUUUUGAUUUUUAUGUGUGUAUAUAAUAUAUAUAUAUAUACACAUACAUAUACACA